UAGAAUUUGAAGUAGAAAGUGCUGACGUUUUAUUUUUUUUUUAAACUAUUUUAUAAACAAAAUUAGAAAUUUGAUACCAAAGUGCGCGCGUCUUUACUCUUUUGUAUAUGAGUACCAAAGAAAAAAAAUAUUUCAGUCUUGAAUAAGAUUUCAGUCAUAAUGGUUGAAUAUAUUGUUGAUGUUCAAGGAUUUUAUGAUACUGAUCAAAGUUUUAUUGUGAAAGAAUUUGCAAUAGCAAAUUUGAAUCAAGAAGAUGAUAUCAAGUCGGUAGUAUUCAAGCCUCCAUGUGCCAUGAGUACAUUAUCAUCUGCUUGCAAACUGACAAAUAAUUGGUUAACAAACAAUCAUCAUGGACUGUUAUGGAACUCAGGAGAUGUUGAUUAUGCUGAACAUGGAAAAAUUAUAAAUGAUAGCCUUGAGUCUUCAAUUUACGUAUAUGUAAAAGGUCAUGAGAAAAAAAAAUGGCUCAGCAAUAUUUUAAAAGACGAUAAAACUAUUAUUGAUUUGAUUGAUAUGGAUUGUCCAGCGCAUGGCAAACUACCAACUAAGAUAAUGUACAAAAAUUGAGAGCAUGGUUCCGAACUACCUGGGGAUCAGUUUCAUCAUUGAAAAAAUCGAUUCAGCUAUUUUGUCAUCUUGAGAGUCUGGAAAAAAUGGCAACAGAAGAUAUUGCAAAUUUACCAGAGAGAUAUAUUUUUCUGCUUACACCAAACUCAAUUGAUGCUGUAUGGGACAAAUUGCCAGAAAAAUUUAAAACAAAAAAAGAUUUUCUUCAAUAUAAACGCUGCAUUGAACAUUAUCAUCAUCAAGACGAAAAAUCAGAUGAAUUUGACGGGCCAUCACCCAUGAUAAA